AGUUCACUUAGACUCAGCAAAGCAGAUUGUGUAGAAAGAUGAGCCUGAUCUGGAUCUUUUCCGUCAUUCUGCUGUUCGCUCUGGCAGCAGACGCUCAGGUCAUCAUGCCUGGUCGUUGCCCAAAUGCUGCAGUGCAGGAGAAGUUUGAUGCUGCAAGGUAUCUUGGUAAAUGGUUUGAGAUCCAGAGGCUGCCAAACAGCUUUCAGCUGGGUCACUGCUGCACCGCCACCUACAGCCUGGAGAGCGCCGGUGUCGUCGGUGUCCUCAACAGGGAGCUGCUCGCUAAUGGGACCAUCAGUGAAAUAAAUGGGAUUGCCAAACCCAGUCCCAUCGAACCUGCCAAACUGCUGGUCUACUUCUUUGAGGAUGCACCCCCGUCUCCCUACUGGGUUCUGUCCACCGACUACGACAGCUACGCUCUGGUCUACAGUUGUACGGAUCUGGGUGUGAUCCAUGUGGAUUUUACCUGGAUCCUGAGCAGGACGCCUACUCUGCCUGAGGAAACUCUGCAGGAGCUGCACAACAUCCUGCUGUCCAACAAAGUCCAAGUGAACAAGCUGCUCUCCACCAAUCAGGAUGAAGCUUACUGCAGCGUCAUGAACCAGUGAAUGAGCAGUCUUUGAAUCUCUCUGAAUAUUUGAGGUCAAUGUAAUAAAACAGAUUGAUUUAGACAAA